GUCCGCCGCCGCCGCAGCGCCUCCGCCUCGCCAACUCCGCCGGCUUAAAUUGGACUCCCCGAUCCGCGAGGGCGCGGCGCAGCCGGGCAGCGGCUCUCUCAGCUUUGGCAAUCCCAGGGGCCACUAUUUCCCACUUAGCCACAGCUCCAGCAUCCUCUCUGUGGGCUGUUCACCAACUGUACAACCACCAUUUCACUGUGGACAUUACUCCCUCUUACAGAUAUGGGAGACAUGGGAGAUCCACCAAAAAAAAAACGUCUGAUUUCCCUAUGUGUUGGUUGCGGCAAUCAAAUUCACGAUCAGUAUAUUCUGAGGGUUUCUCCGGAUUUGGAAUGGCAUGCGGCAUGUUUGAAAUGUGCGGAGUGUAAUCAGUAUUUGGACGAGAGCUGUACGUGCUUUGUUAGAGAUGGGAAAACCUACUGUAAAAGAGAUUAUAUCAGGUUGUACGGGAUCAAAUGCGCCAAAUGCAGCAUCGGCUUCAGCAAGAACGACUUCGUGAUGCGCGCCCGCUCCAAGGUGUACCACAUCGAGUGUUUCCGCUGCGUGGCCUGCAGCCGCCAGCUCAUCCCGGGGGACGAGUUCGCGCUGCGGGAGGACGGGCUCUUCUGCCGCGCCGACCACGACGUGGUGGAGAGGGCCAGCCUGGGGGCCGGCGACCCGCUGAGCCCCUUGCACCCGGCGCGGCCGCUGCAGAUGGCAGCCGAGCCCAUCUCCGCCCGGCAGCCGGCCCUGCGGCCCCACGUCCACAAGCAGCCCGAGAAGACCACCCGCGUGCGGACUGUGCUGAACGAGAAGCAGCUGCACACCUUGCGGACCUGCUACGCCGCCAACCCCCGGCCCGACGCGCUCAUGAAGGAGCAACUGGUGGAGAUGACCGGGCUCAGCCCCCGCGUCAUCCGAGUCUGGUUUCAAAACAAGCGGUGCAAGGACAAGAAGCGGAGCAUCAUGAUGAAGCAGCUCCAGCAGCAGCAGCCCAAUGACAAAACUAAUAUCCAGGGGAUGACAGGAACUCCCAUGGUGGCUGCCAGUCCAGAGAGACACGACGGUGGCUUACAGGCAAACCCAGUGGAGGUGCAAAGUUACCAGCCGCCUUGGAAAGUACUGAGUGACUUCGCCUUGCAGAGUGACAUAGAUCAGCCUGCUUUUCAGCAACUGGUCAAUUUUUCAGAAGGAGGACCGGGCUCUAAUUCCACUGGCAGUGAAGUGGCAUCGAUGUCCUCUCAGCUCCCAGAUACACCUAACAGCAUGGUAGCCAGUCCUAUUGAGGCAUGAGGAGAGGAACAUUCAUUCAGAUGUAUUUUUUUCCCUGUUGGAGAAAGUGGGAAAUUAUAAUGUUGAACUCCGAAACAAAAGUAUUUAACGACCCAGUCAAUGAAAACUGAAUCGAGAAAUAAAUGCUCCAUGAAAUGCACGAAGUCUGUUUUAAUGACAAGGUGAUAUGGUAGCAACACUGUGAAGACAAUCAUGGGAUUUUACUAGAAUUAAACAACAAACAAAACCCAAACCCAACAUACGCUAUCCAAUGACCUUAGGAGUACUGAAAAAAGGAAAAAAAAAAGACGUUUUUAAAACGUAGAGGAUUUAUAUUCAAGGAUCUCAAAAAAAGCGUUUUCAUUUCACUGCACAUCUAGAGAAAAGCAGAAAUAGAGAUUUUCUAGUCCAUCCUAUUCUGAAUGGUGCUGUUUCUAUAUUGGUCAUUGCCCUGCCAAACAGGAGCUCCAGCAAAUGAGCAGGAAGAGAAAAACUGGCCUCGGCUGAAAGAGUCCUCUCAGGAAGGCGGAGCUGCGUUGGUUCGCGAUGUUUUUAGUUGACUUUAACAAGGGGUUAAUUGAAAUCCUGGGUCUCUUAGCAUGUCCUGUAGCUGGUUUCUUUUUUACUUUCGCCCCUCCCCCCCCAUUUUUUUUGAGAUCCAUCCUCUAUCAAGAAGUCUGAAGCGACUUUAAAGGUUUUUGAAUUCAGAUUUAAAAACCAUCUUAUAAAGCAUUGCAACAAGGUUACCUCUAUUUUGCCACAAGCGUCUCGGGAUUGUGUUUGACUUGUGUCUGUCCAAGAACUUUUCCCCCAAAGAUGUGUAUAGUUAUUGGUUAAAAUGACUGUUUUCUCUCUCUCUGGAAAUAAAGAGGAAAAAAAGGAAACUUUUUUUUUGUUUGCUCUUGCAUUGCAAAAAUUAUAAAGUAAUUUAUUAUUUAUUGUCAGAAGACUUGCCACUUUUCAUGUCAUUUGACAUUUUUUGUUUGCUGAAGUAAAAAAAAAGAUAAAGGUUGUACCGUGGUCUUUGAAUUAUAUGUCUAAUUCUAUGUGUUUUGUCUUUUUUCUUAAAUAUUAUGUGAAAUCAAAGCGCCAUAUGUAGAAUUAUAUCUUCAGGACUAUUUCACUAAUAAACAUUUGGCAUAGAUAAAUAAAUAAACGCAAUGAUUCAGGGUCCCUCUUUUAUAUGUUUAUGAGUAAGCCGUUAAAAUGUCUGAAAUUAAGGACUGCAUGUGAAUUGGGGUAAACUGACAUACAAUAGGUGUGAUAUUUUAUUGCAAAUACUUAAAGUUGAGCUUGCAAGUUUGCAUUUCAGUAGCUGGAUCAA